CACCAAUAUGGCGGAGGUUUCCUUUGGGAGUUCGAGCCCUGCCGAUACUGCUAUCCAGAGGGAAAGAUAAGUUCAUAUAAUACUAGACUAAAAUGUAAUGUCAGUUCUAUUGUUUUGAGUUGUUUGCCAUUUUUUCAUUUUUGGGGAACUAUUCAUUUAAUGUACAAUUUAUAUCAUGUUCCACUAAAUGUUGUACUAAAAUCAGCCAAUGAUAUUUCUCCCCCAGUUGGCUCUUUGUCCUCAGAGGAUCAUGACUUUGAUCCAACAGCUGAGAUGUUAAUUCAUGAGUAUGACGAUGAGAGAACUUUGGAGGAGGAAGAGCUUUUGGAGGGAGAGAAGAAUUUCAGUGCAGAAUUGUCAGACCUGGAGAGGGAGCGGAACAUGCCGAUUGAGGAAUUGUUGGCUAUGUAUCGUUAUGAGGCACCAGUCAGUACUGGGGCGGGAUCUAGCAUGGACAGUUCCUCUGUUGAACUAGCUGAUGAUCUGCCUGACAUGACCCUGGAUAAGGAGGAGAUAGCGAAAGAUCUCUUGUCAGGAGAUUAUGAGGAGGAGACCCAGUCCUCUGCCGAUGACCUGACCCCUUCUGUCACCUCCCACGAGGCCACAGACUUCUUCCCUAGAACACUCAGAUCUAACGCAACAUAUGAUGGUGAUAAAGAAUCUGAGGGCGAGGAGGAUGGUGUAAGCAGUGAAGAUUCUAGAAAGGAAAUAAUGGUCGGAUCUCAGUAUCAAGCAGAAGUUCCAGUGGGGCUCAGCCAUUAUAAUGAGGAUGGAAAAGCGUAUGAGGAGGAAGAUCAGCUGCUGUGGUGUCCUGAUGUGCUGUCCGAAUGUAAAGUGAAAGACUACCUCAGAGACGCGCUGUCACAGUCUACAGAUGACAGCACAGAGGAUUCCACAUUUGAACACAUACGAGAUAACGAACAGGCCUUGUUGGAGCUUUUGAAAAGUAAUUACGACAUCCGUGAGGCACUGACGCGAUACCGCAGUAAUGUGAAGGCUUCGAAAGAUGAAUCCCCAGCGUGGUCGGAGGAUGAAUGUAGGAACUUUGAACAUGCGCUGCAGAUUUAUGAGAAAAACUUCCAUCUUAUUCAGAAACACAAGGUUCAGACACGCACUGUAGCAGAAUGUGUGGCUUUUUAUUAUAUGUGGAAAAAGUCCGAACGCUUUGAUUACUUUGCUCAACAGAACCGAUUUGGCAAGAAGAAAUAUAGUUGUUACCCUGGGGUGACAGACCUGAUGGACAGGCUGGUGGAUGAGGCGGAGGGUCUGGCGGUGGACAGCUCGUCAUCUGUGUGUUCAGCAGGAGAAGGGGGAAGGAUGGAGGCAUCGGCAGAGCAUCAGCUCGGGCUGCUCAACUCCAUCACUGCCAGUGACCUUACAGCCAUUAGUAACAGCGUAGCAACUGUGUGCAAUGGUCCUGGAGACAUAAGCUGUUUGGACUCCCCGUACUUCCCCCCUCUGGAGAGUUUACACAGAGGAGCCCUGAACCAUGAUGAUCAGCUCAGCUACUCCACAAACGGAGACAGCAGCUGCCUCAACAUGCUGGAUUCUGGCUUCUAUCGCUCAGAACUGGGCCAGAUCAACGUGUGCAGCACCAAAGACUGCGAACGGCCCUCUAGGAGGCUCAAGAUGGGCCUUUCGGAACCCUUCAUUAACGACGUGUCUGUUACUAACCUGGGUGUGGAUUUCGAGGGCAGACGCGCACAUCGCAUUACAGGGGCCACAAUGGCGGUUUCAGUCACAGACUUCAGCAGCGUAGGGAGCGGUGAAGCAAACAGUUUUCUCGGCUCUCAUUCACGACACCACCAACACACUGCACUUCAGUCCGACUGACUCCCUUCUGCCAUCCAGACACAUUCAUCCGCUCACUGAAUAUUAGUUCUUUUUUAAAUUAAAUAUAAAAAAAAUCUAUAUAUAUAUGAAUAUACUUUUUUGGUAGUUUUUUUUGUUUUUGUAAUAUGACAUCAGUGAUGUCUUUAUUUGUACAGAGCUAAGAAAUCUUGAUUUCUCAAGAGUUUAAAUAGCAUUUAUUUUUCUUGUCCUUCAGAUAUUUAAUAUCCUUUAUGUCUUCAGUCGUAUACAGUUAAACCUAAAUGCUGGAGCAGAGAGCCGUGGUCUCUUACUGUACUCACCCCAACACCUGCAUCUUUGUUGUACGGUCUUAAAGAAGUGGCUGCCACCGAAACUGCAUUUUUCAUUGUUUGUGUUUUAGGAUUUUUCAUGUAUGUUUGUUUCAGAAAUGUGUACUUUUUUCAGUGUUUACACCACCCAAGAUAGACUAAGCCUUGGGAAAUGUAGCAUUUUGUAUGUCAGGAAACUGGCUUUUGUAAUUGAAAUUUGUGAUUUCUUUUGGAGCAAAAUACUUACAAAAAAAAGUUUAAACAAAGAGCACUUCUAGUCGCUGAGAUGUUUCACCCCCCCCCCCCCCCUUUUUUUUUCUUAAACGAAUCCUUGAGGUAUCUUAUGUUUUUUUUAUUAUCUGAAUUUGGGGUUUCGAUUGCGUUAUCUGUUGGUGUUAGAGAUGGGAUGCUUUUAAACGUAAGCUUUAAUAACUACAUUUAUUGUGGUAGUCCAAAAAUUUAAUAGCUUGUUGUUUAGGGUUGAUGGUUUUUUUUUUUUUUUUUUGCCAGAAACAUUUUUAUUUUAUAUUUUUCCAGAUUCUCAAGUAGCAUGACUGAAAUGAAAAGUUUUUUUUUUUUUUUUUUUCAGCUGUGCACUAUAGAAAGAAAAAAAUAAAAGACUUGGCAUGCAAAUAGUAAUGUAACCCUCCAAUAACAUUAUAUUAGACAGAUUGGCUCUAUGGGGCAGUCAUAUGCACUAGACAGUAUUAUCAUAAGUCUUGUAUAAAUAUUAGACUUUGAGAAGUGAUGUUUAUGAUUCCCCUUUGAGCUUAUAAGGCUGUUUAAAUGCUACUCACUAUCAGUUAUUUUUUAUUAUUAUUAUUUUAUUUUUUACAAAUUAUCAAUAACUUUUGCCGGUGCUCUAAACUGCAAGCGCUUUAGUACCAAUUGAACCAGUGUUAUUUUUUUAUUUUCAGCUAUGUAUUAUUUAUAUUUUAUAGCUGCCAGGGGUACUGAAAACACCUGAAUGUUAAUUGAGCUAAUUUGUUAAUCACUGUUUACCUCUCUUUAUGUUAAGCUCAAUGUCUAAAGUUCUUUACUGUUGUUGUAUAUUGUAUGCAUGAAGCAGAUUGGACUCUUGUUGAUCCUUUUGAAAUAUUUCAAGCUGAUUAAUAUUAAAUGCCAAAAAGCAGUCAGCUUACCGCAAUGUAUCAAAACCAAUACUGCCUCGAAGCUUGAGUCCUUCCUCAUAUUUGCAUUUAAAAACAACUUAACAUAGAAUAAAUUUGUAUUCUAAAAGCCCUGGUUUUGAUUAGGGUAUUGCAGAAUGAUGACAUUUUUUCUUUCUUGUUUAUGGCAGUAAUAUGUAGAUAUGUAUAGAUUGUUGUACUUCUGUAAGUCUUACAACAUCCAUAGCUUAUUUUUUACCUUUGUUUUGUUUACUGCAGUAAGACGUCAAAAAGAUGCAUGCUGAUGGUAGUCGUUUAAAAAAAAAUACUACAGAAUUUUUAUUUUUGGAGAGAAAUGGAAAAUUGUAGAAAUGGAAAAAAUAUACGGACACUCCCAUUUAAACCCAUUUGUUCACUUCUUUGCUCAGUAGACUAAAGAGUUUCAUUGUUCAGCUUGAUUCUUACACCUGGUACUAACAGCUGCUAUUAGUAAUGUGAAGAGUCUAUUUUCUAUUGAAUGCACUGCUGUUGCAAUUAUAAGUUGAGUUGAAAUUCUAGUGCAUCUACAUAGUUAAUACGUAGAGAAGUACUUGUUGUUAGUAGCAUGUUUGGAGCUGCGAAUACAGAUGCUGAUUGAAAUGGAUCCAUAGAUGCCACAGGGAUUAGAAAGCACUACGAAGAGUUUAUCUCUUGUUCAAAAUGUUUUCAGUAUCUGUACAUUCAGCAGAGAACUUGCUCAACAUACGACAAAUGUAGUACUUGGUGCUCAUUUAAAAGGUUUUAUUUUCAUACUUUCAAGUGUCUCUUCUCCUAAUAUUGUUUUAGUACUUUUUAUAAAUGAUACAGUGAAUCUCAGCUUUGCUGAAGAAUUUACGAGUUGAACUACAAUGAGACUAAUUGUACCCCGUACAUAUUUGCAUAUUGUUUCAUUUUAAAGACAAACUAAAAUAACAGAAUGUACAAGUUGUUUUGACUUAUAGAAGUAAACAUUUUACAACUUAAAAAUAUGGAGAAAAGUUUGGUAAAUUGUCCUCUGUGGAUUCGAGUGUGUGUUUUUUAAUAUAUAUAAUUUAGAAAUGUAAAAUAAUUCUAACAUUUAAGGUUUUCACAUUCAACCAUGGAGGGGAGGACAGUGAUAAAAAUCUGUGAAUAAAACCAACAAAUCCUAUAAAUGUAUGUCCAUAUAUACAGACAAUCAUUACAUUUAAUUACAGAAUUACUCGGAUAUCUCUAUUGUUUAUAAAAUAUGUACAUAUAAUUGUAUUGCUUUU